AUGGCUUUCACAGAACGCCGGAGAAGCCUUUCUCUGCCGUUUGCACCGCUGUUUGGCUUCCGGUCCGAGAGCCGGUCAAGAGACAAGUCAAGGGACAAGUCGAGGGACAAGUCGAGGGACAAGUCGAGGGACAAGUCGAGGGACAAGUCCAACGACAAGCCGAAUGACAAGCCGAAUGACAAGCCGAAUGACAAGCCGAAUGACAAAUCGAAUGACAAAUCGAAUGAAAGGACGCCUCGGCUGAGACGGAAGCUCCAGAAGGUGACCAACAAGUCGACGAGCGAGGCCGAUGCCAGCAAACCGACUGAUCGGCCGCCGUUGACACACGUCACCGACGGUUCUUUCCUGUCGAUCAAGUACGAAGCGAGGCAGCCGCAGCCGCAGCAGCAGCCGGCCUCAGCCCCGGUCACACGACCUGCAACCGGUUACGGAACCACCGUCAACAGCUCUUGCCCCGGCACGGCAAUGUCGCCCAGUCGUCAUGGUGCCGUCAGCGGCUCUCGUCCCGGCACAGCAACAUCGCCGAACCGUCAUAGCAUCGUCAUCAGCAGCAUCCAGCCUCAUCCACCCGUCAGCCUGUCUGCUGCCGAAAAGAAGACGCAAGCCGAGACACAGGCCCGCGUUAUGGUCAUGGUCGACGCCCAAGAACGGGCCCAGAGCAGGCCGGUGCCGGCACCUCUCGUUCUGCCUCAGUCGGUUCCCCGACACUACCCCCAGUUCCAUCGGCCGCAUCAUCACCAGCAGCCUAUUGCCCCGUUCUCCCGUCAAAACGACCCGGCCUAUUCCUUCUCUGCGCGCCACUCCAUGGCUGCAUCGAUCGUGUCACCGCUGGCACCACUCUCGCCCAUGUCUCCGCCACCACUGUCGCCGCCAUCCAUCCGGUCGUUCGCCACAUCCUACGGCAUGCCCUUGUCGCCGCCGCACUCGUCCUCGUCCUCCGUCAGCACUCCCCCGAGCAGCGCCUGCUCGUCCAACCACUUCCCUUCGCCGUACGCCGGCCGUGUCGUGCCCGAGCUGAGCCACCUGAGCCGCAACGGCACCCAAAAGCACUACCGAGGCGUCAGCGAGCCGGCGCCGCCGCCGAAAGCGCUCGACUCGCCGACGUCCACCGUGUCCACUGUGUCCAACGCGUCCAGCGCGUCCCUCUCGCAGCCUCGCCGCAAGCCCAAGACGCCCGUGUUUGUGAUUGGCCAGCUUGAAAGCGGCAGCAACGACAGCAGCGACAGCCAGGAGCAGAAAGAGCAAAAAGAGCAAAAAGAGCCUCAGAACCUUUCACAGGAGUGCAGCGCCGCCCUCGGCAUCCAGACCCCCCCCGAAUCGCCCCAGGUACUGGCGGCCACGACAACGGUGGCGGCAGAGCUCUCGCUGCUGCAAUCACAGUCCAGCAUCGAGUGCAUCGCCGAACAGUAUCGCGCGCUGCUGGCGUCGCGCAACUCCAUGUUCACAGACGCCCACUCGGUGCUUGAGCCGGAGACGGACGACGAGGCCGACAAACCAAUAGUACGACAGCAUGGCCGCUUGGUGCCCGAGCAGCGCCGGUUUAUGCUGUCGCCCGCGUCGCAGAGGAAGAGGGAUACGGCCGAGUCGGUGUCGACGACAUCGCCACUUCCAUCGCCCAUGUUUCCACGAAUCGCACUGACUACACCAGCUGCACCUCCCAACUUUAGCAAGCACGUCAGCAACGGCAGCAACGUCCAAAUCGUCCAUAACGCCAAGAGCAGAGCGCCCGUGCGUCCGUCCACGCCGCCGCCACAGGCCGACGGCCUGAGCCUGCAGAUCUGCCUGGAUCUGCUGACGCGUGAGCUCUCGUCGGCGGUGGUGGAUCGUCACGUGAUGUCGGCUGGCCUGCACGGCGCGUCCACCAUCGGCUCGACCGCUGCCCCGGCUCUGCAGAUCCUGGUCAUGAUCGAGGCGUACGAGCGGCUGCGGGAUCAGCUGGUCGACGAGGCACGGCGCAAGCGCAACGGCAGCAGCGGCCAGAUCGAGGCCAUGUUCAGCCUCUGGCUGCAGGCGCUGUACAAGAUCCACGACGAGCUGACGUCGGUGUCGACUGGCAAGCGGCGCGAUGAGGACGGCCAGAUGAGCGAGAGCGCAUACGAUUCGGCCGAGGAACAGCGAUGA